AUGCCAUUCUCUGGAGACGAUGACCAUCAGACGCUUGUCAAAGUAGCUAAAGCUGACUGGGAUUUUGAUGAUGAGUGUUUUGAUGAUUUAUCUCACGAUGCAAUGGAAUUUAUUGAAGGACUUCUUGUAAAGGAUCCAAGGCAUGUUUUAAUAAAAAUGUCCUGUUCAAAUUCGGGUAUUUUGACUUAUGACUUAAGCACCUUGACCGAACAUGUUCAAUGUGUUUUACCUUUACUACUAGUAAUAGGAAAUCGAAAAGAUUCCCAGCAUUGGUUUUGCUUUUGCUUUCUUUUUUCAAAAGUUUUCUUUCUAGAGCUAUUUGUUUCUUGAUGAUGCAUACCUACUGCGACUACUGCAGAUAGGUAAUUUGGCAUAAAGAGCCUCAGCUAUGUGUUUCACCUAAUCCUCCUUACAUGGAGUUAGUCAGGAGUAACCUAUUCGUCGGAUUCCCUCGAGCUUUGGAGAAUCAGAAUGCGGCAUGAGUGAAGUAGCUUUCGGAAAUAUUGAAGUAUUAUCCACUGUUUCCUUUUCAGCAAGCGGUUAACAAUAGAGGAGUGCUUUAAGCAUUCGUGGAUAAAGGUGUGUAAAAAUCUAUUACAUCCCUCUUCAGUGGAUCCCUAUUUCUAUAAGUUCAUUUAUUUAUUUACUUAUCACGUUUUUUUACGGACUGGUUGAGAACGAUAGGUUUAGUUUUUCUUGCUGAAGCUGCCAUUUCAGGAUUCUUUCUUUCUCGUUUCUACCAGGAAAACCAUGAAACAGGAACGAAAAUCAACACACAAAAGCAUAAGGCGUUCAUGGCGAAGAGAAGGUGGAAGGUAAGCAGACAUUGCAGUCAAUUGAUCCUGUAGCCUGCGAAUACAGCUGUCUCUCACUAGGAACGUUUCGCGGAAGGGAAGUCUGCGCCCUCACGACAGCAAUUCAAAAGUGAUAAUGUAAAGCAAUGUUCAAAUAAGUUUAACAUCUGGUAGUCAUGGGGUUCCACUUGCUAUAGACUCUAACUUUCUCCUAGUCUAUUAUCUCAAAGUUUUGAGUUCUGCAAACGAGCGGCAGCAAAUGUUAAGCUCAAACACGUCGUCUAAAGAAGAAUACAUUCCACGAAUAAUGACUUUAUUGUAGUAGAUUCAUCGCUUUUACAUUUAACCUGGCUUUGUAACCUUUUGUCUUUUGUCUGUCGUCCGUAAACAACAGUUUAACAGAUUUUACGUCAUCAGUAUCGAAUUUUUGUCCUUGGAGCGCAGACUUUCCUCUCUUGAAAAGGCGAAAGUGGCCAAGAACCUGCACGCAGGCUGUUGAUCGUCCUUUUCGUGACAUCUUCGGAGGUCAUCAUUGAAGUUAAAAUAAAAUACAGAGUAGCGUUAGAAAGCUGGUUUACUAACUUAGAACAAACGCCACUGAAUCGUAGCCAACAGUUACCAGCGUCGUACAAACGACUUAUUGACGAGAUCAAGCAAAACUAAUUCCGAGAGAACGACUGGGGAACUGACAAUUUGACAAACAAUAGACGACUGUUUAACUGUGACAAUAGACGGAUCAAAAUGCGCCAAUUACUGAUUACGAGUCUUCGUAGCCAAUAACAUCACGGCUUAACUGACAGACGACCAAUAACAUCGCGACGUAAAUGACCAAUCAGAUCAAUAACCAGAGUAUAACACCAUCAAGUGAAGUGAUACAACUCACUUUGACUCUGAAGAUGACUACCGCACAGGUUGUCGAAACAUCAGUCACUGUCAACAAUAACAGUCCUAUUCAGGACUACGUUCACCCGUACGAUCAAACUCACCCUACUUUAGAGUAGCGUUACUUAUGGCUUCAUUACUCCAUGAGUUGACCUGAUUUGGCAGUAACUCGCGAUAUUUUUGGUCUUUAUCAUCUUGUAUUGUGCAUUCUAAUCGUUAACCCUUAACGUUGUGACUUCAUUUUCAGAAAUCUGUACAUGCUCUUUUGGCUGUUCGCCGCAUGUCUCUGUCGCCUAUUUCUGCCUCUAAGAGAAGACGUUCAAUGGAUCCAUCCAUAUUAAAAACAACUUCAGAAAGCGAGGAAGAUCAAACUGUGGACAGAAAGGUGUCAGCUCCGCUAGAUCCCUCGACAUUACACAUCUCGGAGCGUCGACGUGGAGAUACUCGCAACUCUUGUUUUGAUCUGAACAUGGCAACUAUACAAGCUUUGCAAGCAAAGGCAGACAAGGCGAUGGGAAAGGACUUGUCACAAAGGGUGGAAAAUGAACACGAAACUGAAAGUGAUUCAGAGGAUGAAUAUCAUAAUGGAUACUCGGAUAGAGAUGAUAACUGUACAGAUAAUGCCAAUGAAAAUGAUAUUUCCACAUCCGAGUGCAAUUCAACAAAACAAGUGUUUUCAAAUAACCAGAGACCGAGGGCAAACACGGUUUGCGGAGCCAGUCCAUCAUCUGAGUCAUCUUCUCAGCGUGGGGUGAGAAAAACAUCGCAGAUAUUAAUCAACGUUGGAAAUACUUCAAAAAAUGAUUUUAAACCAGUAUCGUUUACUUUCAACACAGAGGAACUGCAGCGAAAUAUGCGACAAAGUCGUCAAACUACACCCGCAAGAAGUGAGAAUCAAUUGAAUUCAAAUAAUAACCACGAAUUUUCUAGUGAGUUUUCACUGAAACAAGAACAUAACCACAUUACCGAGCAGCAGAGAUUAACUUCACAGAUGGAUGAAUCCAUCUUGGAAAAUGGCCACCCCGAGAAAAACAAGCUUCCUAAAAUUUGCGUGAAUGACGAACUUAUUUCCACAAGUCCUUCCCCUGUUUCGGUAAAAUUAAACAACAUUGAGAAACUUGACAGUGAGGGGUUGAUUGGGAGAACAACCUCACCACAGGCUUCAUCAAGUUUAAACAUUGCUGAUGUCAGUAAAAUAACCGAGAGUGCCCAGUCCAUCACGGUAAAACUGGAUAACUUAAAUGGUGUACAAUUCACACCUGGUAACGUGACAUGUAGCGUGCGUCGGUCUUCCACUGGUUCAGCACCGUGUUGA